CUUCUGGGCUUUGACACUGAUCUGAGUGCUUGCGAUCAUAGAUUCUUGCGAUGUCCUUGUUAGAAAGCGGGUUGUUUAAUGAGUGACUGUUUGGGGAAGCAACAGAAAAAAACAUGGAAUAAAAACCGAUCUGCAAAAAUAUUCCUGUCGGAUUUUAUUCAUGAAUAAACGGCUUUAAUUUCCUGUUGAAGAUGUUACGGGCCGGACCUGCUGUUGCCUGCAUGGCAUACAGGAAUCUCCUCCCCUCCAGAUUGGGAGUGAUUCGGUUUGGAGUCCCGCUGCAGAAGCUCCACUCCCUCUCACGUGCCAUCCAUCAUCGCUACUCUGCCAACACCAACCCUCAGCGACCCCCUCGCCGCCAUUACUCCUCCCUCUCCAGACUCCCCAUGCGGCCCCCGAGGUCUCGGUCAGGACACGGUUACCAGCAGCAGCGCUCUUUCUGGGUGGCACGGCUGGCGGCACGGCUACUGAAGCUGCGCUACAUCCUGCUGGGAUCCGCCGUCGGAGGAGGCUACACUGCUAAAAAGACAUACGACGAGUGGAAGGACAUGUUUCCUGAUCUGAGCGAGUACACAUGGAUCGUGCCUGACUUCGUGUGGGAGCUCGGUGAAAAUAUCGAUUUAGAGAAGCUAGCGAGCGCUUUGCCUGACAUGGAGGAGAUCGCCAAGCUGCUGCCGGACUUCGAGAAGAUCGGGGAGAACUUCACUUUCCUCAAGAGCCUGCUGCCCAGUGGUGUGAAUAGUGCAGUCAUUGGAGCUUCUGGUCUGCGUCUGUUGUUAGAAACUCCAGGUGAGCCGAACCUGAACACACCUGAGAUCCAGCCCACAGGCGCUGGCGCUGAGAGCAGUGACAAGUUUAAGAAGCAGGGGCUGCUCGGAGAACUCGUUCUCAUUCAGCAACAGAUCCAGCAGCACGAAGAAGAAGCUCGGCGGGCGGCGGCCGGUAACGAGCCCCGCCGCAGCCGUACUCAGACUCCGCCCCCCAGCCAGGCCCCGAAUUUCUCCCACAAGUCUUCAGACAAAGAGAAAGUCGACCAGCUGCAAGAGGAGCUCCUUCACACACAGCUGAAGUAUCAGCGGAUGUUGGAGCGUCUGGAGAAGGAGAAUAAAGAGCUGAGGAAAGUGGUGCUGCAGAAAGACGACAAAGGCAUCCAUCAGAGGAAAGUCAAGAAGUCGUUGAUUGAUAUGUACUCUGAAGUCCUGGACAUUCUUUCAGAUUACGAUUCCAACUACAACACUCAGGAUCACCUGCCGAGGGUGGUGGUUGUGGGUGACCAGAGCGCAGGAAAGACCAGCGUGUUGGAGAUGAUCGCUCAGGCUCGGAUCUUCCCUCGAGGCUCAGGAGAGAUGAUGACCAGGUCUCCUGUCAAGGUGACUCUGAGUGAAGGCCCUCAUCAUGUGGCCAUGUUCAAAGACAGCAGCCGUGAGUUCGACCUGGGAAAAGAGGACGAUCUGGCAGCACUGAGGCGUGAGAUUGAGCUGAGGAUGAGGAAGAGUGUGAAGGACGGCCAGACAGUCAGUCCUGAGACGAUCUCGUUAAGUGUGAAAGGCCCAGGGAUCCAGAGGAUGGUUCUGGUGGAUUUACCCGGCGUGAUCAGUACGAUGACCACCGGCAUGGCUGCAGACACCAAGGAGACGAUCUUCAGCAUCAGUAAAGCGUACAUGCAGAACCCCAACGCCAUCAUCCUGUGUAUUCAGGACGGAUCAGUCGAUGCAGAGCGCAGUAUCGUCACUGAUCUGGUCAGUCAGAUGGACCCUCAGGGUAAGAGGACCAUUUUUGUCCUGACCAAAGUGGACCUGGCCGAGAAGAACCUCGCGAGCCCGAGUCGAAUCCAGCAGAUUAUCGAAGGCAAGCUGUUUCCGAUGAAAGCCCUGGGCUACUUCGCUGUCGUGACCGGAAAAGGCAGCAGCAGCGAAAGCAUCGACUCGAUUAAAGACUACGAAGAGGACUUCUUUAGGAACUCCAGACUGUUGAGAGACGGGAUGCUGAAGGCUCACCAGGUGACGACGAAGAACCUGAGCCUGGCCGUGUCUGACUGCUUCUGGAAAAUGGUGCGAGAGUCUGUGGAGCAGCAAGCGGACGCGUUUAAAGCAUCUCGCUUUAACCUGGAGACCGAGUGGAAGAAUAAUUACCCCCGGUUACGAGAGCUGGACAGGAACGAGCUGUAUGAAAAAGCCAAGAACGAGAUCCUGGACGAGGUGAUCAGCUUGAGCCAAGUCACCCCAAAACACUGGGAGUCCAUCCUGCAGAAGAAGCUGUGGGAGAGAGUCUCCACUCACGUCAUCGAGAACAUCUACCUUCCUGCUGCUCAGACCACGGACUCGGGAACCUUCAACACCACUGUAGAUAUUAAACUGAAGCAGUGGACGGACAAACAGCUGCCAUACAAAGCGCUGGAGGUGGCGUGGGAGACGCUGCAGGAGGAGUUCGCUCGCUUCAUGGCCGAGUACAAAGGGAAGGAUCAGGACGACAUCUUCGACAAGCUGAAGGAAGCCGUGAAGGACGAGAGCAUAAAGAGGCACAAGUGGAACGAGCGAGCCAUGGACAGUCUGCGAGUGAUUCAGCACAACGCCCUGGAGGAUCGCUCCAUCACCGAUAAACCCCAGUGGGACGCCGCCAUCCAGUUCAUGGAGGAGACGCUGCAGUCUCGGCUGAAAGACACCGAGUCGGUGAUCGCCGACAUGGUGGGACCCGACUGGAAGCAGCGAUGGCUGAACUGGAAGAGCCGCACACCAGAACAGCACAUCCAUAACGAAACCAGGAACGAGCUGGAGCGUGUGCUGAAGCUGCACGAGGAACACACGGCGUACCUGGCCAACGACGAGGUCACCACCGUGCGUAAGAACCUGGAGGCCCGCGGUGUCGAGGUGGACCCGGUGUUGAUUAAGGACACGUGGCACCAGCUGUACCGACGUCACUUCCUCCAGAAGGCCCUGUUCCACUGUAACCUCUGUCGGCGAGGAUUUUACUACUACCAGAGACACUUCGUAGACUCGGAGCUGGAGUGUAACGACGUGGUGUUGUUCUGGAGAAUUCAGCGGAUGCUGGGCAUCACAGCCAACACUCUCCGCCAGCAGCUCACCAACACUGAAGUGCGGCGCUUGGAGAAGAACGUGAAGGAGGUGCUGGAGGACUUUGGGGAGGACAGUGAGAAGAAACUGCAGCUCAUUACGGGGAGGAGAGUUCAGCUGGCUGAAGACCUCAAAAAAGUGCGAGAAAUCCAGGAGAAACUUGAAGCCUUCAUCGAAGCUCUGCACAAGGAGAAGUAGUGCAGCAGCAGAAACUGCAGACGCCAUCGAAGCUCUCCGAGAGGAAUGCAGUGGUCCGAGAGGACGCGUUCACCCUGCUGCUGAUCUCCUACUUUUAAACACACACACACACACACACACACACACACACUUGAGGCAUGACAGAAUUUUGGCUCUCGUCUUUAAAUCCCGCCCUUGGUGUGUAAGAUCAUGUUCGGGUUCCGUCACACAGCUCUGCUUCAUUCUGUCCUCCUGCAGCGUCUAAUCACCGGCGUCUGAUCUCAUCAUCAGACGUGUUACACACACACACACACACACACACACACACACACACACACACACAAACAUAUCUACACACUCACAGACAUACGAAUAUAUACACACGGACAGAGAACGACAGAUGUGUAUGUGUACACACACACAGGCAGAGAAACAUACAAAUGUACACACACACACACACACACACACACACAGAUGGACAGAGAAAGACAGAUGUGUUCUCACACACACACAAGCAGAGAGACACAAACUUCCAGACCCAGACAGACAGACAGCUUUUGUGUAUUCUCUCCUCCCUCGUUUCCCCUCAGUCCGUCUCCCGCACUCGUCUCUCCUCGUCUUUGCGUUUUUAAUUGCAGUGUUGUUUAUUCCAAGCCCUCGUGCUUCACCUCACAUGCUCUUCAUGUCCCAGAUAAAACGUUCCACGUUUCUCUCUCUCUUUUAUUCUCGUGCACUUCUUUGGCCAGCCGUCGCUCCUCGCUUAAUGAGGACGUGAUCAUUAUUGCGAUUUCACACACUGUUGGUGAAAUAUCACUGCGAGUGUGACGUUUGUGUAAUUAGCAUGUGGCGUGUUCUUUAUUUAAAAAAAAAAAAACACAACCGCUUCAUGCUUUCUACCGAAUUUCACACACAGUGCUGUUCUUUCUCCUGCAGUGAAUAUAAAGAUGAUUCAUUCUGCUUUACCCGUGUCAUCACACCUCUCUUCUCAUCUUUUAUUCGUUCAUUCAUUCGUUCAUCCCCAGCCAUUCUGUACAUUUCGAUAAUCCCUCACUCUCCUACCGACAUGAAGGAAUAUUCUGUAUUCCACACUUCAUCUGUAUAAACAGGUAAAUAUACAGUGCAUCGUUAACGCGUAGAAGCGUACGCUCACGUUCCGCGGCUCUAACGUCGUUUCUCCUCUGUUGUAGAUUGUAACGUUUGCAUGCCGUAUGCCGUCGGGUUAAUUUAUUACAUUGGUGUUGAAGGUGAAAUAUUAAUUCAAUGCUUUUGGAUUCGAGUCAUGGAAAUAAAAAAAAAAAGGUGAGAAAAGGAGA